CACAUAGACAGGAUAUUCAAUAUCAAUGAAAAAUAAAAUCAUGGAGAUUAUUGACAAAAAAAAGGCAUAGGGAGAGCAUUAAAAAUAUCAAGGAAGAAAACAAAAAGAGAACACUAAAAAUAUCUUCUUUGCAGAUUGUUUAUGUCCAUUAUUUUCAAAAUUAAUAAAUUUAUAUACUUAAUAACGAAUGAAGAGUCAAAACUCAAAAGUCAUUUCUUGUGGGUCAGUAGAACACGUGUGAGAUUCUUAGUGAAUAAAAACAGCGCAUACACUAACCGUGGGAUGGCUUAGCCGUGUCAAGUCACACACUCGCACUUGUCACUCCAGGAACCAGAAACUCCAUGUUUGUUCGCCUCUAGUUCCAGAGGCCAAUAUAAACACCAACUCUCACUCCCAACUUUUUAUCGAACUACAAACUUUAGAAUCCACCUGAGAGAUAAAAUAAACAUUUAUCAACCCAUCAGAACCGAGAUCUUUCUAGUUCCUUACUAUACUCAACCUUAUCCAGUUAACAAUGACCUCAUUUUCUGCCUUCUCUGAAAUGUUGGGCUCCGAGUACGAGUCUCCUACAUUAAGCGGGGAGUAUUGUCCGACGCUGGCCGCGAGCUGUCCGAAGAAACCUGCGGGUCGGAAGAAGUUUCGGGAGACGCGUCACCCAAUUUACAGAGGAGUACGUCUGAGAAACUCAGGUAAGUGGGUGUGUGAGGUGAGGGAGCCAAACAAAAAGUCUAGGAUUUGGCUCGGUACUUUCCUAACCGCCGAGAUCGCAGCUCGUGCUCACGACGUCGCCGCCAUAGCCCUCCGUGGCAAAUCCGCCUGCCUCAAUUUCGCCGACUCGGCUUGGCGGCUCCGUAUCCCGGAGACAACAUGCCCCAAGGAUAUCCAGAAGGCGGCUGCUGAAGCCGCGGUGGCUUUUCAGGCUGAGAUAAAUGAUACGACGAAGGAUCAUGGCUUGGACGUGGAGGAGACGAUCGUGGAGGCUAUUUUUACGGAGGAAAACAGCGAUGGGUUUUAUAUGGACGAGGAGGAGUCCAUGUUCGGGAUGCCGACCUUGUUGGCUAGCAUGGCCGAAGGGAUGCUUUUGCCGCCACCGUCCGUACAAUUCGAAUAUAACUAUGACUUUGACGGAGAUACCGACGUGUCCCUUUGGAGUUAUUAAUACAGAGAUUUUUUAUUUCCGGUUUUUGUAUAAUACAGUACUUUUUUUGGAUUUUUGGAUUCUUCCUUUUUAUAGGACAUCCUUUAUUUUUUGUAUAUUUUGUUGGUGUUGUGACAGCGAGUGUAUCUGUAACAAUGUUGCGACUCGGUAAAUGUGAAAAGUUUAUAAAUCUUUUGUGAA